AACACUUUCCUCCGACCUGGCCCUUCGGCUUCUCAUUACCGUUCUCUACUGGAGAAGACAGAGAGAGGUCAACAACUAAUGAUGAGCUCACAAUUAUAUAAGGGCAGAUUUCGAAAGACCAGGCCGAUAAACAUGGCUGACUAGCUCUUGCCUAAUAAAACGCUCAGUAUUUUCAUGGAGUUUUCUUCUUGGUUUUCCAUAGCAGUGUCAUGUCUUGUUCUUAUUUCCUUAGCCAUCAUCACAAAACUUCACUUCCGGAGACCAAACCCUAACCUUCCUCCAGGUCCAAAACCUUGGCCGAUUAUCGGAAACCUAAACCUAAUCAGCGAGCUUCCUCACCAGUCCCUUCACAACUUGUCCAAAAAAUAUGGUCCCAUCAUGCGCCUCAAGUUUGGAUCCUUUCAUGUUGUUGUUGCUUCUUCCAGUGAAAUGGCGGAGCAGUUUCUGAAAACCCACGAUCACGUCUUUGCCACCAGACCCCAAACUGCUUCGGGCAAACACACUUGUUACGACCAUUCCAACGUCACUUGGGCUCCUUACGGGCCACAGUGGCGUCUAGGUCGUAAGAUUUAUCUCACAAAGUUGUUCAGUUCAAAGGGACUUGAGUCUUAUCAUGAGAUACGCGCACAAGAGAGACACGCGUUUAUGUCUCGAUUGUUUGCUGUUUCGGGGAAGCCCGUUGUUCUGAAAGACCAUCUCUUCCAUUUUACUCUGAGUGUAAUUAGUAGGAUAGUGAUGGGGAAAAAGUAUUUUAGUGAGUCGAAGGUGGAGGAUGAUGAGGAGUUUGUGGUGUCACGUGAGGGGUUUCAAGAGAUGUUGGAGGAGUUGUUUUUGCUUAAUGGGGUGUUCAAUAUUGGGGACUGGAUUCCUUGGUUGGGAUUCUUGGAUUUGCAAGGCUAUGUCAAGAGAAUGAAGGAUCUGAGGAAGAGAUUUGAUAGAUUUUAUAAGCAUGUUAUUGAUGAUCAUAUGGCUAGAAGAACCCAGAUCGGCUUUGUGCCCAAUGAUUUCUUGGAUUUCUUACUGGGUUUGGUUAAGGAUCCUUCUCUUGAAGUUGAUUUCACUCUUAACGGUGUCAAAGCCUUCGCUCUGGACCAGAUGGCUGGAGGGACAGAUACAGCAGCAACGACAGUGGAAUGGGCAAUGUCAGAGUUAAUGAAGAAUCCCAAUAUAUUAAAGAAGGCAAACGAAGAAAUUGACAGAGUGGUGGGAAGGGGAAGAUGGGUUGAAGAGAGUGAUAUCCCAAACCUUCCAUACUUAAACGCAAUCAUUAAAGAAACACUGAGGCUUCAUCCUGUGGCUGUGCUUCUUGCACCACACAUGGCUCUUGAGGACUGCAAGGUUGAAGGCUAUGACAUCAAGAAAGGAACAAUGUUGUAUGUGAAUGCUUGGAGUAUUAGCAGAGACCCUUCAAUAUGGGAGUGUCCAGCAGAGUUCUGUCCAGAGAGAUUCUUAGGGGAGAAGAAGGAGAUUGAUUUCAAGGGACAGAACUUUGAGUUCCUGCCCUUUGGAUCCGGGAGAAGGAUGUGUCCGGGUUAUAAGCUUGGAUUGAAGAUGGUAAGUUCAGGCUUGGCCAACUUGUUGCAUGGAUUCAAUUGGAGACUUGCUGAUCAGAAUAUGAAGCCGCAGGAUUUGGACAUGGAAGAACUUUUUGGGUUGGCAACUGUGAGAAAGUUCCCGCUUGUUGCUCUGGCUGAGCCUAGACUCCCCCAAUAUCUAUUUAACUAAUUAUUUGUACUAAAGAGUGGCACACACAUAGAUAUACAUAUACAUAUAUAUAUAUACACCCCAUCUCCAUUAUGUCUAUCUCUCUUCAAU